GAAAUGGAAAAAGAUACAGCUCAUGACCACCUUUCCUUUCCCCGUCAACAUUAGCUUUUACCAUAUAAUUUCCUUUUAUCACUUUGGUCAAGAGGAGGGGCAGAAAAUUUUGAGUUGGAGUAUCAUUCAGAGACUACUCAUUUCUGCCUUCUAUCUCACAGCCCCUCACACACCCAAGGGAUCUAGGAUCAGAAAGGCAAACUUCUGUCACCUUUUUGGGUCCACUUUCUCCACCUGCAUCACUGCGUGGCACAGACAUAGAGAUGAAUGACCAGGAAGUGACUUAUUCUAGCCUGACAUUUCUUCCAUCACCUUCAGAGUCACAAAAUAGAUUAAGACCUGGUGGUACUCAAAAGCCUGGCAAGACUGAUGAAAAAGAGUUUUCAGUGCUCUGGCAUCGCAUUGCAGUGAUUCUUGGGAUCCUCUGUUUCCUUCUGUUGGUAACAGUUAUAGUGUUGGGGACAAAGACUUUCCAGUAUAUUCAAGAGAAACAUCAACAGGAGGAAAUUCUACGAAACCUCACGCAAAAGUACCACCUUAUGCAAAAUGAGAGCUACUUAAAAGAGCAAGUUUUGCCAAAUAAUACUUUAGAAUAUAGCAUUCUCUACAAUCAGAAAGAGGAAUGUUACAGAAAAAUGGAUAUCUUUUCAAAGUCUUUGCAAAAUACAGGCCAUCUCAAUGAAGGCCACUUGAGCUCUUGGAGAGGAAACUUUUAUUACUUUACCACCAAAAAUCAAGACUGGAACAAAUGUAAAGAGACUUGCGAAAAUUAUGCUUCAUCUCUGUUGAAGAUAGAUGAUAAAGAUGAACUGAUUUUCCUUCAGUCCCAGAUUUACCGAAAUUUCUACUGGAUUGGAUUAUCAUUUAAUGAAAUGGAAAGUAAAUGGAAAUGGAUUGGCAAUAGCACACUUUAUGGACUUAAUUUGGCGAUACAGAAUUUUUCUUCUGGGAGAGGAGAAUGUGCACUUUUAAGCUCAACAAGAAUAUCAAAUAUUAGUUGCUCUAAUACCUACAGUUGUAUCUGUAAGAAAAUUAUUGAUUUCUUCAAUUGACACUGAGAAGAAAAGGUGAAAUGAAAUUUUGUUGGUUUUUUUGGUCAUUGGUUUCCUAUAAUAAUUUGUGGUUAGUUGCAAAUGAAUGUUUUUGACUGCAGGAUUCAGGCCAUUGUGGAAAUAAAGAUUAGCUUGAAGAGGAAGAAAUUGCUCUUUUGCACUAUGUUUUAAGACAGCAGAUGCCACCUGUCUUCUUGGGGAAGAGAGAAUCAUUUUGUCUUUGGAGAGCAGUUACCCUUCUCUGGAAUGGCCUUGAGGAAUUACCCUCUUUUCUCCUGAAACCUCCAUAGAACCAAUUAGGGAACUCUGGUAAAUAGCCUGGAGCUUUUCCUUAUCAGUAGGAUAAAUCAUUUUAAUAGACUGUGGCUUUGAGAGAUCACAAUUAAUAAAUAAAAAAAUGAUGAUCUUCCCUCCAAUCCCAUCUAAAUUUUAACUCCAUUAAAAAACAUUUUUUCUAUAAUUUUUAAUUUACUGCAUACUUGAAACAAUAGUAUAGGGAACUUUCACAUACCCUUUACUUAUAGUUACCAUUUGUUUAUUAUAUUUUACUCUAUUUGCAUGUGAUAGUAUUUAUUCCUCUCUCUGUCUCUCCUUGCUGAUUCAUUUGGUAAUAAAUUCAGGACAUUAUGUCCCUUUGUCUAAAUAUGUCACAAGAACAGUACAGUUGUCAAAAUUGAUACAGUACUACGAUUUCAUCUAUAGCCUAUACUCAGAUUUCCUCAACUGUCCCUGUAACGUCAUUUAUACUUGUUUUUCCUCUUUGUUCAGGUACAAUUAGGUGUGCUGUUAAGGAAACUAAAGUUGUCUCCUUUAAUCUAUGACAGUUCUUCACAAUUUCUUUGUCUUUUUUGACCUCGACAUUUUAAAAAUCAACUUUAUCGUGUUAUUCAUGUAAUAAAAUGCUCUCAUUUUAAGUCAUGAGGUUAACAGGUUUUAAACAAAAAUACGUUUUUCAAACAUCAUUGAAUCAAGACACGGAACGUCUCCAUCACUUUCAAAAGUUCCUUUCUCCCUCUCCGCACCCACUUGGUCUCAGGCAACCAGUGAUAAAGCUUGCUGUGACUAUAAAUUAAUUUCACCUCCUGUGUUACAGAAUUUUGUACAUCAUGCAUCUUUUGUAUAUGGCUUGUUUUUUUUUUUUUUUUUUUUUUGCUUAGCAUGUUUCUGAAAUUAACCCAUGUUCUUUCAUGUAUUAGAAUUCAUUCUUUAUUGUUAUUGAGUAGUACUCCAUUGUAUGGAUAUAUCACAAUUUGCUUAUCCACGUUUGGACAUUUGAUGUGUUUUUAAUUUUUGGCUGUUAUGAAUAAAUCUACCAUGAAUGUUUAUGUGCAAAUCUAGUUCUGGAUGUGAUUUCAUUUCUUUUUAACUAAAUAUAUAGGAGUUUGAGUUCUGUGGUAAGUUCGUGUUUAAUUUUAUAUAAGAAACUUCUAGAUUGUUUUCCAGUGUGGUUGUAUCAUUUUACUUUCUCAGUAGCAACAUAUGAGAAUUUCAGUUACCCCAUAUCAUGGCCAGUACUUGAUCUUGUCUGUCUCUUCCUUCCUUCCAUGGCCUGAUCAGACUCAGAUAUGUGAUACUAGUUGCAAUUAUGACCUACCCCACAACUACAGCAGCAGGGCCAGAUCCCUUAACCCACUGUGCCUGGCCAGGGAUCCAACCUGCAUCCUGGCACUGCAGAGACUUUGCUGAUCCCAUUGUGCAUGGCAGGAACUCCUCUUUCUUUGUUGGACUUGUCUCUCUUAUUGUGGAGUUGUAAGUGUUUUUUAACACAAUUUGGAAACAAUUUUUUUGUUAAGUGUAUAUUGUACAGAUUUGUAGGUAUAUGUUUUAAAAUGUUGAUAAGCCUAAUUUAAUCUUUUUAAAUUCUUCU